UGUGAGUCGUCCGGCAGCAGAGUUGUCGCCCCGCCGACAGCAAGCGAGUGUUCGACGGCGCUCUCUCCGAACUUCCUCAGUCUGCAACUCAACUCGACGGCGUGCGGUUCUAUCCGACGGCGACAGCGACAGCGCCAACUACAACGACAGCGUAGCGUCAGCGUUUCUGCCUAUCCGUGCCGUGCCGUGCCGAGCCGUGCAUGUGCUGUGAAUGAAAAACUCUCGCGCCGACGCGACGCACCAGAACACCAUAAACCAUAAACCGCGUCCAGUGUCCACUCGGAUUCGGACUAUUUAUUUAUUUAUGUUUUUUUAAUCAAAUCACCUAUCUGUGAAUGCUAGUGACUAGUUAGUGAGUGCAAACUGCAAUUCUUCGUCGAACAUGAGAAGAAGUAGAAACGACGUCGGCGACUGCGGCGCUUCGUGGCGCGACUGGAAAGUGUAGUUGGUGGGGGGCCGAAGGGGGAGAGCGAAGCCGAAAAACAAGCAUCUAGAGUUGUCGAGGUGCUUUUUUUUAUGUAAGAUCGCGUGCACAGGUGCUUCGGUGGCCCCGAGCAUAUUAAUUACACUGAGAAAAACUGCAAUCGGAGAUAGUGUGAGUUAAUUAACAACGAAGCCCAUCAUCACACACACAACACACACACAACAAACACAACACAAAUACAUAGAAGAAGGAGAAGGAGAGAGAAGACUGCACUUUGUCGGAUUAUUAUUCGUUUUUUGUGUACAUUUUGUGUUGUCUUGCGUUUGUGGCUGUUUCAUGUUUCAUGUUGCGUUGCCUGUAUGUUUAUGUUUAUUGCCUGUACGUUCAGUCCAUGUGCCUGUGUUUGUGUUCGUUUUGUGUUUUUUGUAAUGUUUCGAAAGUAAAAAAAAACUAAAAAAUAAAAAACAGAAAUAAUGCCAAAAAUGUCAAAAACAGCAACAAAAACAACAACAACAUCCAUGUCGAGUGUCGCCGCAAAAAUAACAAAAACAAAAACAAAGAAGAACAGUGAAGCCGCUGCCGCAUGCCUACCUUUAAUUUAUUAAAAAACAUUGUUUUUAUUUUAAAUAAUGGAUCGUCGUGCAUUGAAGUUUAUGCAAAAAAGAGCGGACACUGAAAGCGACAAUCCAACAGCACCAGGGAAUCCGACUGGAAACUCAGGAAAUACUCCAGUUGCCACAUUACCUCUUAAGGAUAAUUCCAAUAUCCGAGAGAAGCCGCUCCACAACAACAACAACAAUAACAACAAUAACAACAACAAUAAUAAUAAUAAUAACAAUAAUAAUAAUAAUAUUAGUGGAAAUAAUCAAAAUCAACAACAACAACAACAACAAAGGCCACUCAAGUGCCUGGAAACUCUCGCCCAAAAGGCGGGCAUCACCUUCGACGAGAAAUACGAUGUGGCCAGUCCCCCCCAUCCCGGCAUUGCCCAAGCACAGACACCAGGAUCGGGAUCAGCACCAACCACACCCACACCCACACCCACAACCACAACCACAACCACGACAGGAAGUGGAAAACUUACUCCAACAAAUCAUCGCCAGCGUCACAAUCAGACACCAACCACCUCGAUUACCAACUCCCAACUGCCCACACGUCACAGCCUCACGCUGGAUAAGUCCCAGAACCAGGGCCAGCAGCAGGUGGCCACCACUGCCACCGUGCCGCUCCAGAUACUGCCGGAGCAACUGCAGCAGUUCUAUGCCACCAAUCCCUAUGCCAUUCAUGUGAAGCAGGAGUUCCCCAGCGCAGGUGGUGGCGGUGGUGGUGGCCCAGAGCUGAAGCAUGCCACCAACAUCCUGGACGUGCAACAGCACAUGCAACUGCAGCAACAGCUCUCCGACGCGGCCAGCGGAGGAGCCGGAGGAGCAGGUGGCGCGGCAGGAGGAGGCGGUGGAGCGGGUGGAGGAGCUCCUAGUCCGGCCAAUGCCCAGAACGCCCAGCAGCAGCAGCAGCAACAGCAGUCCACUGCCAUCAGCACCAUGUCGCCCAUGCAGCUGACCGCCGGCGGAGUGGGCGGGGAUUGGGCACAGGGCCGGGCUGUCCAGCUGAUGCAGCCCUCCACCCAGUUCCUCUAUCCGCCGAUGAUUGUGUCCGGCAACCUGCUGCAUCCGGGCAGCCUGGGCCAGCAGCCCAUCCAGGUGAUCACGGCGGGGAAACCGUUUCAAGGCAAUGCCCCCCAGAUGAUAGCCACCACCACCCAGAACGCCAAGCAGAUGAUCCAGGCGGCGGGCCAGGCGGGAUUCGCGGGAGGGGCCUACGCCUCCUGCAUCCCGUCGCUCCCCUCCCUCCACUCCACCUCCACCCACAACCAGUCGCCCCAGACGCUGCUCAUCUCGCCCGUGAACGUCAUCUCCCCCUCCCCCCAGCAGCAGCAGAACCUCCUCCAGUCGAUGGCCGCCGCCCAGCAGCAGCUCUCGCAGCAGCAGCAGCAGCAGCAGCAACAGCAGCAGCAGCAGCAACUCACGCAGCAGCAGCAACAGCAGCAGCUGACGGCCGCCCUGGCCAAGGUGGGCGUGGACGCGCAGGGCAAGCUGGCCCAGAAGGUGGUCCAGAAGGUGACCACCACGAGCAGCACGGUCCAGGCGACGGCGGGCGGCACGGGAGUGGGCGUGGGCGUCGGACAGGGGGGUGGGGGGCAGGGCCAGCAGGUGCAGCAAGUCCAGCAGCAGCAGCAGCAGACCACCCAGACCACGCAGCAGUGCGUCCAGGUGUCGCAGUCCACCCUCCCGGGCGUGGCCCAGUCGGUGCAGGCGGCCCAGCUCCUGAAUCCCGGCCAGGCGCAGCAGAUGCAGAUCCCCUGGAUCUGGCAGAACGCCGCCGGGCUCCAGCACUUUGGUUCCAAUCCCAUCAUCCUGAGGGGGCAGCCGGACGGCACAUCCGGGAUGUUCAUCCAGCAGCCGACGACGCAGACGCUCCAGACGCAGCAGAACCAGAUCAUCCAGUGCAAUGUGACCCAGACUCCCACUAAGGCGCGCACCCAGCUGGACGCACUGGCUCCGAAGCAGCAGCAGGCGGGGAACAGCAGCCAGGCGCAGCAGCAGCAGCUGGCGGUGGCCACUGCCCAGUUGCAGCAGCAGCAGCAGCAGCUGACGGCCCUCCAGCGGGCAGGGGCUCCCGUGAUGCCCCACAACGGCACCCAGGUGCGUCCGGCCAGCUCCGUCUCCACCCAGACGGCCCAGAACCAGAGCCUGCUGAAGGCCAAGAUGCGGACCAAGCAGACGCCGGUGCGGCCCGCUCUCCCCACCCUCAAGACGGAGAACGGGCAGGUGGCGGGCCAGAACAAGGUGGUGGGUCACCUGGCCACCGUCCAGCAGCAGCAGCAGGCGGUGGCGGCGGCGAAUCUCCAGCAGGUGGUCAACUCCGCGGGCAACAAAAUGGUGGUCAUGAGCACGACGGGCGCUCCCAUUACGCUCCAGAACGGGCAGACCCUGCACGCCGCCACUGCGGCCGGAGUGGACAAGCAGCAGCAGCAGCUGCAGCUCAUCCAGAAGCAGCAACUGCUGCAGCAGCAGAUCUUCCAGCAGCAGAUAGCCGCCUUGCAGAACCAGCAGCAGGCGGCAGCCCAGGCUCAGCAGCAGCAGCAACAGCAGGUCUCCCAGCAGCAGCAGCAGGUGGCAGCUGCUCAGCAACAGCAGCAGCAACAACAGCAGCAGCAGCAACAGAUCCUCCAGGUUCCGACCAGCACCUUCAUUACAUCGCAGCAGCAGCAACUGUUGCAGCAACAACUGCAGCAACAGCAGCAGCAACUGCAGCAGCAGGCGCAGCAGCAGCAGAGGGAGCAGCAGCAGCAGCAGCACAAUCUCAUCCAUCAGAUUGUGAUGCAGCAGGCGGCGGGGGCGAGUGGAGCCAACUCCCAGCAGCAGCAGGCCCAGGCGGGCCAGUUGCAGCUCAGCGGAGUGCCCUUCUCCGUUUCGUCUCCGACCACUCCAGCUGGGAUAGCCACCUCCAGUGCCCUGCAGGCGGCCCUCUCCGCCUCCGGGGGCACCCUUUUCCAGACCAGCAAGUUGGCCACCGCCAGCUCCUCACUGCCCACCAGCAGCGUGGUGACCAUUUCCAACCAGAGCACCACUCCGCUGGUCACCAGCAGCACGGUGACGACUCUUCAGCAGGCACAGGCCCAGGCCCAAGCCCAAGCCCAGGCUCAAGCUCAGGCCCAAGCUCAGGCCCAGGCUCAAGCCCAGGCGCAGGCACAGCUCCAGCAGCAGCAACAGCAGCUGAUCUCCGCCAGCAUUGCUGCAGCGACUCAGCAGCAGCAGCAGCAGCAGCAGCAGCAAUCCCAGGGAGCAGGAACACUCACCCAGAGCACCAAUCACAUCCUGGCCAUGACCUCCAUGAUGAACGCCACUGUGGGGCACCUCUCUACCGCUCCUCCAGUCACGGUGUCGGUCACCAGUACGGCGGUGACGCCCUCCUCGGGUCAGCUGGUGGCCCUGAGCAGCGCCAGCAGCGGGGGAGGAGGAGUGGCGGGCAGCCACCCGGCCACUCCCACCAAGGAGACUCCCUCGAAGACUCCCACGGCCACCCUGGUGCCCAUUGACUUUCCGAUGACGCCCGUCGCUGGCCAGGACAGCAAAUCCGCCACUCCUGCCAGUGCGAGUGCCUCGGCGGAGGCGAGCAGCUCCACGAGCGAAGCCCUGCCGAAUGGAGAUGCCACCGAGGUGGCGUCCACGCCCACCAAGUGCGCCACUCCCACCUCCAACCUCACGCCGACCAGCAAGCAGCGGAGCAGCACUCCCGGGGGCAAGGAGGAGGUGAAGGGUUCCACUGCCACCAGUGGCACGACCACCACGUCCACCCCCACCACCUCCAGCAUCUCGAACGGCAUCGGGCUGGCUCGGAGCACGGGGAGCAGCACUGUUACCACCACUAGCACCACCACCGCCACCAGCUGCGCCAUCACCACCACCACCACGACCAGCAGCCUCAAUGGGCCCAAGGAUCUGCCAAAAGCAAUGAUCAAGCCGAACGUUCUGACCCACGUCAUCGAUGGCUUCAUCAUCCAGGAGGCCAACGAGCCCUUCCCGGUCACCAGGCAGCGCUACGCCGACAAGGACAUCCAGGACGAGCCUCCCAAGAAAAAGGCCGCCAUGCAGGAGGACAUGAAGGACAUCAAGCCGAGUGGAAUCAGCAGCACCCCCACACCCCCUCCGGCGGACAUCGUGGCCUGCGAGCAGUGCGGCAAGCUGGAGCACAAGUCCAAGGCGAAGAGGAAGCGCUUCUGCUCGCCGGGAUGUGCCCGGCAGGCGAAGAACGGAGUGGUCAGCGCCAUGGAGACAAAUGGCCUUGGUACUGGAGGUAUAGUGGCCGAGGAUGCCAUGGCCCUGGUGGACAAACUGGAGGCCUUGAAGCCUGCCCCGGCGGAGGUGCCGGCGAUCCUCCCGCCCGUUCUGGUACCUACCUCCCUGCCCCCACCGCCCCUUGGGUGUCCCCUGCCCGUGGCGAUACCAGCUCCUCCCCUGGCACUACCUCCUCCCCCUCCUUCACCCGUUGCGCCCGCUGGUGUGGUCACUUUGGCCAACCCAGCCAUCUCGUCGUCCGGAGUCAAUGGAACGGCUGCCCCCGAACGUCCCCCAAUCAGCAGCUGGACGGUGGACGAGGUUAGCAACUUCAUCCGGGAGCUGACUGGCUGCCAGGACUACGUGGACGACUUCAUCCAGCAGGAGAUCGAUGGACAGGCGCUGCUGCUGCUCAAGGAGAAGCAUCUGGUUAGUGCGAUGGGCAUGAAGCUGGGCCCCGCCCUCAAGAUCGUGGCCAAGGUGGAGUCCAUGAAGGAGGUGCCGCCUCCCCCCGCCGGAGAAGCGGGCGGCAAGGAGGCCGCCGCAGCCAUAUCAGCGGAGUAAGGAGCUCCAGAUCAAGAAUAUAUAUACUUAAUAGAGUAUAUGGGUUAUAUCCUGCUCCCCCCUAAUCCCCUCCAGCCACAUGUAUGAUAAAGUAGUCUUGGAAUCCGUCGUCUUGAAAAAUUGUACAUAAUUUUUUAGAUUUAUUUUGAGAUCGAGAUCCUGUCUAGAGAUAAUGGAUAUUUAUUCGAAAAAAAAAGAGUCAAGACCUACACUGGACAAAAUGAAAUACUUAAACUAAUGUUUUAACUAACUUAAUUAAUUAAUCUAUUAAUUAAUUAAUAAAUAAUUAAUAAUUAAAUGAGUGUACUGCUAAAAUCGAAUUAAAAACUACAAUUAGGAUAAAAAAUAAAUUAAAUUCUAAGUAGGUUUUUAACAAAAAAAACAACAACAACAACAACUCAUCGUCAUGAAAAGUUUUUUUUUUAACAAAAUAUUUCUAAAUGUAAUUUUUAAAAAUUAUACAUAAUUAUAUAUUAUAAUUAUAGAUCAUAAAUUGUUCUUACAAUUAAAACAUUUCAGACUUUCGCGUUUAGGAGGAAAUGCCAUCUCAUUGUGACUUCGAAUUUUUUUGCUACAACUUUUUAAAGCCUAUAUAGUUAAGAAUUUUUUUUUUUAUUUUUUGCUAUUGCUGAACAAAUAAACAUUUUAAUAAAUGUAAAUUAUGGAAAA